CGGAGGAGUCGGCGGAAUCACGGAAGCAGACGCACCUGCGAUAAUAGCGAAGGGGAAAUUCCCGAAACGCUCCUCUCCAGGUCGCAUCGCGAACCCCCAAUGGCGUCCUCGUACCUCCUCCUGCGGCUCGCCGCCGACGAGAUCUUCCGGACCCUAGAGCCCUCCUCUUCCUCCACGUCGUCCUCUUCAUGCUACGACGCCUUCGUGCCGGUGUUCCGGCCGGAUCCGUCGGCGGCGUCCCCCGCGUCGGCGGCGGCGGCCGACCGCGUCCGCAGCCAGUUCCUCUCCGUGGAGCCCGACCUCUUCCACGACGCCCUCGUCGCGCCCAGGAACGACCGCCUCGGCUUCCCCGAGGUGGACGACGAGGAGGAGGAGGCCUCGAUCCGCUGGGACUGCUUCCAGUUCGACGACGAGGAGUCAGAUCUGCCGCUCGAGGCCGCCGCGCCGGCCGACGAAUUCGACUGGGAGGAGGUCACGUCCGCCUCCGGACCCUCGGUGGAGCACCCGGAGCCCGAGUGGGAGGUGCUAGCUGACAUGCCGCCCCCCGCGGACGCCGAUGAGGGUUUCGUGUACACGUCUGAUCGGGAGGCGUACGAGGUGCUCGUCGCCGGUGAGGACGAGUUGUACCUCACCAACAAGCCGCCGGCAGCCAGGUCGGCCAUCGAGGCGCUCCCGUCCUCAGUCAUCGGCGCUGGCGAGGAUGGGGAAGGGGAGGAGUGCGCUGUGUGCAAGGACGGGGUCGCGGCGGGGGAGUGCGUGAAGAGGCUGCCUUGCUCGCACCGGUACCACGAGGAGUGCAUCGUUCCGUGGCUUGAGGUGCGCAACUCGUGCCCUCUCUGCCGCUUUGAGCUGCCGACCGACGAUCGCAAGUACGAGGCAUGGAAGGCGGGACUAUCUGUGGCUGCCUGAACGAUGAUGAACCGUGCGGUAACGGCAAGCUUUACUCCUGUGGUUCUGUAGAGCUGUAUGAUUUUGGUUUUGGAUUGGCGCUGCUCUAAUUAGGAAAAGGUUACUCAGUUGUAUGAAGGAAAGCGUAUAGAGAUAGUUGCAGAGAUGGUUUUGCCCGUUUUGAUAUGUUACCCUUUCUGCAAGAGAGAUUUGUGUUAUUUCAGUAUCGUGAGGAUUAUACAUAUGUAAAUGCUAUACAAUGUUGUAUCUGUUCUAAAUUCAGAGAGAAUAGCUAAUAUAAUUUGUUGUAUUUGGAAAA